AUGGCUCGGCUCAUGGCCGACGUGGAGAUGUUCAAGGCGGUCUUUGAGCACCACAUCGCGUUGAAAGACGCUGGUGUAGCCAUUGACGGUUUCCUGGAUUUGGAUUCGUUCGGCCUGGCUCUCAGCUACUUGAAGCGCGGUCUGACUCUGGGGUACAAAGAUCAGAGCAAGUUGCACUCGACCUUUCACCUGAAACCCAACAGCCAAAGGACGCGGUGGCAGAAGUUGGCCAGGAAGGGUCCGGUGAUGGAGACGUCGCUCACGUCACUGGAGCGAUCCACAUAUCUCGCCCACGGUCUUCGUAUCAUCACGCUGGCAUUGGAGAAGACCUGGCCGUGCAUAGAUCCGGAGUGCAUGGAAAACGGACGACACACUGCUGCCAAAGCCGACUGCAAAGUGAUCCAGCUGAUGGUGAAGCGGGGGCUCUGGUUCCUACGGAGGGCACGGGUCAGUGAAGAGACGUUCUGCGGCGGCGAGCAUAGGAGGAUGAUUCACAGGGGGGCAGAUUGGCCUGGCCGAGGGCGACCAUGGCUGCCGGAGCUGUUCACCAGAUCGGACGGUGCAUCUGCAUCUCGCUGGGCGCAUGCGGUAGGUGGGGGGAUGUGA